AUGUCAAAGGAUCAAAAAAAAAAAGUAAUUAGAGUGUGGGUAGAUGGAUGUUUUGAUAUGAUGCAUUAUGGGCACGCAAAUGCUUUACGUCAGGCAAAAGCAAUGGGAGAUUAUUUGGUGGUUGGGGUUCAUUCUGAUAUGGAAAUUGAAGCACAUAAAGGACCAACUGUCAUGAAAGAAGAAGAAAGAUAUGCAGCAGUAGCAGCAUGUAAAUGGGUUGAUCUUGUAGUUCCAAAUGCACCAUAUUUUACAAGUUUAGAAAUGUUAGACCAGUUUAAUUGCGAUUUUUGUGUGCAUGGAGAUGACAUCACCACGCUUGCAGAUGGGACAGAUUGUUAUAAAGAAGUGAAAGAGGCAGGCAGAUAUAGAGAGUGUAAACGAACACAAGGUGUCUCUACAACAGAACUAGUGGGUCGUAUGUUGUUGAUGACCCGAGAUCAUCAUAAACGACAAUCAACAAGCAUUGCAUCAGUCAAUAAUGAGGAUUUGAAUACAUUUAGUACUGACCCGUCUCAUAAUAAAAAAAUGGAAACAAAAAUCUCUCAUUUUUUACCAACAUCUAGAAGGAUUGUACAAUUUUCGGAAGGAAGGGAGCCAAAUGUUGACGACAAAGUUGUUUAUGUUGAUGUCAAUGCAAUAAAAGGGGUGAAUUACCCUUUGAUGAAUCUUCAUGAGCGUGUUUUAAGUGUCUUGGCAUGCAAAUAUGUGGAUGAAGUUAUUAUUGGAGCACCGUAUAGUGUUGAUAAUAACGUAUUAUCCAAAGUAUAUAAAGUUGAUAUAGUUGCACAUGGAAAUACUCCAUCUUUACCUGACAUAAAUGGCAAAGAUCCUUACGAGAAAGAUGUGAGUGCUUAA